GUGAGAGAGAAAGAGACAGAGAAGAGAGAGAGAGAGAGAGAGGGCGCGAGUGAGAGAAAGAUAGACACAGCAUCUGCGUGCAGUUAGUGCGGCUAUGUUGGAGUCCUGGCAAGCCCGCUGCACUCGGAAUUAACGGAUAACAGCACAGCCAUCCUAUGCUGCAGAGUUUGAGAAUUUUAUUAUUUUUAAAAUAACGCAUCUGGAAUACAGCAUACGAAAUAAUGGAGACGCAUACUGGAAUUAUUAAACCAUACUUGUUCAGUUUUUGAAUAAAACUGCCCCCUCCAAUUCAUAGGGUGUUUAAACCGUCAAUUAUUUCUUGUUUUUUUCCCUUACGUUGUGUAUGUUUUCUGUUUGUUUUCCUUAUGUUUAUUUUUAUAUUUUAUACGCCUGUUUUUUAAAAUUAUUCUUAGUUGAAUGCGUUUGUCGGAGAUCAGGGGCGCUCCGCCGGUUGCAAGACGGAGGGAAGAUUUGGUGCUGCACCAGUAAAUUAUAUUCACUCUCCUCAACAGAGACGUAUCAGAAAUGGGAAACUUCAAUAGGAUCUUCGGAACAGCACGGAAAAUAAUGAAUAACUACUGCUAACAGCGAUCAGGACAAAUGACAUAGGAUGAACACUGCUGGCCGGCUCUGUCUGUCUGUGCUGUUGUCCCUUCUCGCACUGGCCUGGCCUACGGAGCUGCCGGGUCAGGGUCCCCCCUGCUCCUCGCUUGCGGCAGGGGUGCUGUACGGCUCCUUCUCCCUCAGGGACCUCUUCCCCACCCUGGCCGCAGGCUGCUCCUGGACCGUGGAGAACCCCGACCCCACCAAAUACUCCCUCUACUUCCGCUUCAACCGUCACGCGGGAGCCUGCCUGAGCUUCCAGCCCUCCGUGCUGGCGCUGGACCCCUACCUCGCCAACCAGACGUGUGCCGUCCCGCCGCCUGCCGAGCAGCGCCCCCCAGAGGCCGUGGAGCUGUGUCAGGGCACCGGUGCCCAUACCUUCCUGCAGUUCGACAAGAACUUCGUCCAGCUGUGCCUGGCUGGUGAGCCGGAGCCAGGGGAGGCACCGGUUGGCCCUGAGACCCUUGCGUUCGGCCUGGUGGAGCUGCUACUUGUCAACAACGAGAACUCCAGCCGCUUCACCUGCGCUGUGUUGUGCCGCUGGUUCGAGGAGUGUCUGCACGUGGGUCGCCCUGGCGAGCGCUGCGGCCUCACACAGACAGGCUGUGCCUGCCCCGAUGCGGCCCCGCCCCUUCCGCUACUGCCCGCCACGCCCCACAACGACACAGCCUCAUCUUCUUCGUCCGGCUUCUUCUUGGAGACACCAGACAGCUGCUGUGUCACUGAGCUGCAUUCCAAGAAUGUCAUCGCCGUAGCGCCCAGGGAUGUCAGGCAAGACCGCGAGGAUGAAGACCAGAAGGUGAAGACGCAGAGGCCGAGGUCAGCAGACCAGCCCGGCAUCUUCCAGGCCCAGACAGGCGACCCGGCGGCGGAAUCCUGGUCUCUGUGGAGUGUUUGCUCGCUGACGUGCGGUCAGGGCUGGCAGGUGCGGUCACGGUCCUGUGUCUCGUCACCGUAUGGCACGCUCUGCAGCGGCCCACUGAGGGAGACGCGCAUUUGCAACAACAGCGCCACCUGCCCAGGUGAGCCGCCACGGCAGGCAGUGCAUGGGCUGUGGGAGGAGUGGUCUCCAUGGAGCCUGUGUUCAGCCACGUGUGGGAGGGGCUCUCGGACCCGGAACCGCAGCUGCGUGGCCCCCCAGCAAGGCGGCAAAGCCUGCGAUGGUUCAGACCACCAGUCCAAACUCUGCAAUAUUGCGGUUUGCCCCGUGGAGGGCCAGUGGUUGGACUGGAGCCCUUGGUCCCACUGCAGCGUGACCUGUGACACAGGUACCCAGCAGCGGCAGCGGAGGUGCAGCGUGUCGGUGCACGGCUGGGCCGAAUGCAAAGGGCCGCAUUUCGAGACCUACGAGUGCAUCAACCCAGAAUGCGACAGCGACGGGAAGUGGGGGCCCUGGAACCAGUGGAGCGUGUGUUCCAAGACCUGCGACUCCGGGUGGCAGCGGCGUUACCGCAUGUGCCAGGGCACGGGGGUGCAGGGCUACCCAUGCGACGGCUCCGGGGAAGAAGGACGUACCUGCAAUGACAAGAAGUGCCCAGCGUCUCACGAGAUCUGCAAGGAUGAAUACCUGGUGUCCAUGACCUGGAGAAGAGCCUCAGCAGGAGAAACUGUUUACAACAAGUGUCCAUCAAACGCAACUGGAUCUGCUAGUCGUCGAUGUUUGCUGGACGCUAAUGGAGUUGCUUACUGGGGUCCUCCGAGCUUCGCCCGAUGCGUCUCACUUGAAUAUCGAUAUUUACAUCUAUCGUUACGAGAGCAUCUUGCGAAGGGUCAGAGGACCCUAGCAGCGGAGGGCAUGUCUCAGAUCGUGAGAAGUCUCCUCGAGUUAAUGUCCCGGAAAAAUUAUUACAGCGGCGACCUGUUAUUCUCCGUGGAGAUUCUCCGAAAUGUGACGGACACCUUCAAGCGAGCAACCUACAUUCCAGCUCCCGACGACGUGCAGAAAUUCUUCCAGGUGGUCAGUUAUAUGUUGGACAUUGAAAACCAAGAGAAGUGGGAAGAUGCUCACCAGGUCUCUCCCGGCUCGGCCCUGCUUAUGCGAGUGGUCGAGGACUUCAUCCAUCUGGUUGGCGAGGCACAGAAGGCCUUCCAGAGCUCCCUCUUCUCCACCAACAACCUCAUGAUCACGAUCCAGCGGGAACCGGUCUCGGCUGUCUCCAGCGACAUCAACUUCCCCAUGAAGGGGCGCAGGGGGGUGAAGGAUUGGGCACGCUACUCAGAGGACAAGCUCUUCAUCCCCAAGGAGGUCUUCACCCUGUCCUCUGAAGAAUCAGAUGACACGUCCUACUUUGUGAUAGGUGCCAUCCUGUAUCGCACGCUGGGGCUCAUCCUGCCAGCUCCUGAGAGUCCCCUCGUCAUCAAUUCCAAGAUCCUGACCGUGACGGUCCGGCCACUCCCCAAGCCCACCGAGCCCAUGGUGGUGGUCGAGCUGUCACCGCUGCUCAACGGUACAUCUGAGCCUCACUGUGUGGUCUGGGAUUACAGCAACUUAGAGGCUGGCGUGAAUGCAUGGGACACCGAGGGCUGCCAGACACUCCCCUCGCCGGCGGUCCACACUAAAUGUCUCUGCAGCAAGAUCUCCAGUUUCGCCGUGCUGGCACAGCUGCCUAAGGACCAGGAGGUGGGACCAUCCAGCAUGCCGUCGGUGCCCCUCAUGGUGGGCUGUGGGAUCUCCUUCACGGCCCUGCUCGUCCUGCUCCUAAUCUACGCCGUCUUCUGGAGGUACAUCCGUUCUGAGAGGUCCAUCAUCUUGGUCAAUUUUUGUCUCUCCAUCCUGGCCUCCAACGUGCUGAUCCUAGUGGGACAGGCCCAGACGCUCAGCAAGGGGCUGUGCGCCAUGACUGCGGCCUUCCUGCACUUCUUCUUCCUGGCGUCCUUCUGCUGGGUGCUGACGGAGGCGUGGCAGUCCUACAUGGCCGUCACCGGCAAGAUGAGGUCACGCCUCAUUCGCAAGCGCUUCCUCUGCCUUGGCUGGGGUCUCCCGGCUCUCGUCGUGGCCGUUUCGGUGGGAUUCACCCGAGCCAGGGGCUACGGCACCCCCAACUACUGCUGGCUAUCCCUGGAAGGAGGCCUGCUCUACGCCUUUGUGGGGCCUGCUGCCGUCAUCGUAUUGGUCAACAUGCUGAUCGGCAUUGUGGUCUUCAACAAACUGAUGGCGAGGGACGGCAUCUCGGACAAGUCCAAGAAGCAGAGAGCCGGUCAGCCGCUGGAGUCGCGCAGCCGGUUGCUCCUGAAAUGCUCCAAGUGUGGGGUGAUCUCCAGCACAGCGCUCUCCAGAGCCACCACCAGCAACGCCAUGGCAUCGCUUUGGAGCUCCUGCGUGGUGCUCCCCCUGCUGGCCCUCACCUGGAUGUCGGCCGUCCUGGCCAUCACCGAUCGUCGCUCCACGCUCUUCCAGGUGCUCUUUGCUGUCUUCGACUCGGUGCAGGGCCUGGUCGUCAUCACCGUGCACUGCGCCUUGCGGCGGGAGGUGCAGGACGCAGUUCGGUGCCGCAUGGGCGUGUGCAAGGACGACAGCGAGAACUCACCCGACUCCUGCAAGAACGGCCAGGUGCAGAUCAUGACAGACUUCGAAAAAGACGUGGACUUGGCAUGUCAAACAGAAAGAGGACACCCAUUCAUUUUUAAAGAGGUGAACACCUGCAACCCGGCCACCAUCACGGGCACGCUGUCCCGCAUCUCCCUGGACGACGAGGAUGACCCCAAGCUGGCAGCCCACCAGGAGGGCGGGGUCAACUUCAGCAGUCUCCCCGGCAACAUCCCACCACCUAACCUGCUGGUGCUGCAGCCCCUAGGGGGCCUCAACGAGCUGAGCGAGCAGUCCCGGAAGAAGGAGGUGAAUGUGGAGCAGCAGCACCAGCGGGGGGCGCCAGUCUAUCUCUGUACCGAGAGCGGGCUGGGCUGGGCCAAACCACCAGAGGCGGGGGGCGCUGGUGAGGGGGACUACAUGGUCCUGCCCCGCAGGACUGUCACACUCAAGCCCCCACUUGUUAAGGACGAGGGAAAGUCGCUGAACAUCACUGUGGAUGACCCACCGUUCCCCCCGCCACCCUCGCCCCUGGCCCUGCACCCCGCUGAGAGCGAGGCCUACCCAGACUUUGCGUCGGUGGACCGUAUCAGCACCGGCCUAAACCGCUCUUACGGCACGCUGAAGCAGCUGCCCGCCCACGCGCUGCAGUUCCAGCAGCGCCCCUCCGUACGGCAGAUCCUAGCUUCCGGCACGGUCGAGAGGACCAGAACCCUGCCCCGAAACCUGGGCAGCACCAACACCAACACCAACCUGUCUGCGGGCUCCCUGGAAAGGAAAAGAGUUCGGUACUCUGAGCUGGACUUUGAGAAAGUGAUGCACACUCGCAAAAGACACUCAGAGCUCUACCAUGAACUCAACCACUCCACCAAGUUCCACACCAUAGACAGGUAUAGCAGGGAACCUGCCAGGUCUACCUUCAAGAGGGAAAAGCGAUGGAGCAUUUCGUCUGCUGGAGGUGAAAAGAACUCUUCAAGCAACAAGCCCGAAGACCAACACUCCUGGGACUGUUUGAAGAUCAUGACCUAUGACCACUCAUCCAGGCCUACCGACCAAAAGGAUAGACUGGAGCUCCACAACAAGAACUGGGACGUGCCCUCAGCCAUCACCCCUGACACGUCUGAAGGGGACUUCCAGACCGAAGUCUGAGGCCAGAGACCAAACACACACUCUGACACUCACAUACAGAAAGACUGACCAUGAAUCCCACCUGCACACAGACACAUAAUCAGUCAAAGAUCGAGUCCCUACAGUACUUACACGCGUCAUACAGAUUCACACAUACAUGUGCAUAUAGAGAGAAACUUUUAAUGAGAGGAUGAACAAGGAAAAGAAGACUUCUAUAUUUUCACACAAAAACUUUAAGUAAAGGACUGGGGUUAGCAGAUGGGGAUUUUUUUAAAAAAAAAGAACUUUCUGAAAUGUCUUGAUUUUUCUUCAGAAAGCAUUCUCUUUCACCUAUUUGAUGACGAAAAAAUGAGUAUUUCUGCACCGUUGUUUUAUAGGAAAAACAAAAACAUUUCUCACUGGUUUUGCCCAUGAUUGAGCCGUUUAGAUAUGACUCCCUUCCUCUGUACCUGUUUCCCCCAAUGGAUGAUUCACUUUCUCUCUCACAGAGGUGGGGGAAACAAAAGUUCAUUAAUAAACACCGUCCACUGCUUUUUCUAGCAUUGAAAAACGCUGGUCCACCCACAUCGUGUUUGUGGCUUUUGUUCUCUUUGUGUUGUUUUUGUUUGUUAUUUUCUUCUGUUUUGGUUAAUUUAGCAAAAUGAAAAAAAAAUGGUUAUGUGCCAUGGUCCGUGUCUUUGGUGGGAGUAGUUUGAUGUGUAUCUGUACCGUCUCUUAUGAGGGUCCUACUUGUAGAAAUGUUUUUAUACCGAUAUUUAAGUUGUGUUUCCCCAUGCAUUUUGUCGUAAUGCGCUGGUUUAAAGAAAGAUGUUUGGUGCAUAUUGUCAGUCUGAAUGGAUAUCCACACCAUCUGGCUUACGACAAAAUGCUGAAGAACGUUGACCAUAAAAACAAAAGCGAUUGCCAGAGCGUUGUUUCGACAGAUGGCUUGGUCUCAUCAUUCAUUCUCAUUGGCCCAACCGUGGGAGUGAAUCCUGAGGUAGUUAAAAACAGCCGCAUCGCCCAGUCCACCAGCCAUUGCUCAGAUCGAGCACAUUUCGCUCGUCGAGUCCCUGUAUUUCAGAUGGAGAGUAAGCCGGUUAAAGCUCGGUAUUUCAUUUAUAACUUUUCUUCGUUACUUCAGCUCAGCUGAAAACUCUGACUUGGGAAGCUUGGAAAGCCGUAGAUAAAAUAAAAAAUAAAAAAAAAACACAGGAAGAGGAAUUGCUUUGAAUGUACGGCCAAUGAUGUGACCAGAUGAAUAUGUAUGGCACGAUCCCGGCAACGUCAGCUGGAGGAAGACGGUAACGCAGAAAUAAUGCAGACAGUGAAGACGGCAUGGUGCUGUCCGCUUCCUGGCAGUCAUAUAAAGGCCAAUAUUUUGUUGGUUUGUUACAGCUUAAACUACUAUUUAUUUCAGCUGCAGGGUGUUUCAAAGAAAAGGAGAAGUCAUGUACCUCUACCACUUUGUGCAGCAAGUCUGUCCCAUCUGAGACUCAAGCAUUUGUUCUGGAAAUUUAAUGUAGCAUUAUCAUUGAUUCCAGCAGGUUUACAAAAUGCAACGAUUAGUUUCUGCAUGUUAGUCUAACAUUGUUAUUUACACCAGCCCCGAAGAUGUGCUAGAUGUGAUGAACAGGUAAGUAUGGCCACUUCAAUUCUGCAUCGUCACCAUCGUCCCUGGUGACCAGGGUCACUAUUGUUUGUUUGUUUGUUUGUUUUUUAAUUCUUAUUCUGGUGUUUUUUCCCCCAAGUAACACUUUUUAAAAUUGGUUCCCUGUUUGUAUCUGUUUCUUUAGUCCCUGUUGGCCAUAAUUCUGUUGAAGUCCUGUCAGUUCAGUGCUGGUUGCUUUGGUGAGGGUCACUGCUCGUGAAACGACUGCGAGGUUCAUUAACAGCCUGCCACUCUUCUCGCUGUGAUGGGGAACAGGGCCAUGCCUUCUCGGUCUCUGGUAGCUCCCUGAGGACAUCAGGAAGGCAGCCGGCGUCACGGAUGUCCAGCAGGAACCACUCGGCCUUUCACUCACCCUUGACCCCACUGCAAAGCUGGAAGCCAGAAGCCAGAAGAACUGAACAUCACCAGUGGACUAUUUCUCCAACUUUCAGUCACAUUUUAAUCCAAUUUACUCAACUCCUUCCUUCUGCAGAACAGUAAACGCUGGCCUAUAACAACUUCUGUGGACAAAGUAGAAAUUCCCCCUGGACAUACUGCAUGUCUGAGAAUAUGAGGACUUAACGGAGACCGUGGGAGUCACAGCCUGGCCAGACCUUGGAACAGAUGAAAAACACAGUUUGAUCUGCAUAUAUUCCUAAAGAACUGGGGCAUUGUAGCAUUUCAGCUGUUGACCUUUGAGCUGCAUCAUCUGCCGUAUUUCAUUUGUUGGGUCGUUCCCAUUCGGGCAAUCCCAAUUAAUAUAUUAAAGAUUGCUUGGUCCUUUAACGAAAAACAUCCCAACAUUUUUAUACCCAGGAUCGUGCCCUUAUGUUCUACUGUUUUCAUACAGUGUUUUAUAUGGAAAUAAAUUUUGUAACCGA